AUGCUUGGCCCCACGGGGACAUCUAGAGGCACAUUGGGAGCAUAUCAUCAAUACGUCGAUGGUAGGCAAAAGCACAGUAUGUACAAGGACGAUAUCCUUCAACCUCCACCACCUGAACAUAUCAAUUCUUUGAAAAUUAAAAACCAGCUCGACAUGACUAACUGUAAUCAUGGAUCUCUUCCUGAAGCCGUAUACACUGUUAAAAGCGAGGCGCACCCUACGCACUUCGUCACCCCUACUAUUGAGGCCAAGAGCGUAAACAUUGCUCAUGGUGCCUUGGGCCUAGUUAGUCCUAACCCUUCUUGGGCACUCAGAUUCAACCCCGGAUACGGGUGCAAUAGCCAGAGUGGCAACUACACUAUUCUCCAAGGGAUUGCCUCAAACCAGUUAGACCUUGGAGCCUGUGGAAACAUUUGCGCCGGUACUAGGCCGGCCAUCACUUUCCAUAACCUUGAACCCGAUUGUCACAGAUGGGCCAUCUUGCAACAGUUAGUCUUUGUUUUCAGUUGA